AAGAGAUAAUGAAGCACGGCAAAUCACGUACGCUCGGAGAAUACGCUCGCAAGCAACUGUCACUUUGACGGUACAAAGAGUCAAAUGGCAGCAAUCGUCACUCGUUCUGAGAUUCUGUUCUAAGUGAUCGACACCCCCAUUCACGAAAAGUUGCCAAAGGAGAGAGAAGGGGUGACCGAAAAGCAAAACAAGAAAGCCAACAGCGUCAUCAGUUUUCGUAAAACAACUGUGGUUAAAUUUAAAUCUCUCACUUCUUGCGCGUUUACCGACGUCCAUGUUUAACAUGGCAUUAUCCCAAAGGUCUAUCUGAAACAUGAAAUUAUUCUAAGGAAUGAUCUUGAAGACAACAACGUACAAUGCUGCUCGCUCUUUUGUUUUAACGUUAACUGAAGCAAGUUGUGUGUUCAUAAAAAGUGAAAUUGAUCAUUGCAAUUAUUGUAAUAAUUUGUGCUGACAUUUGGAGUAAAAGUGCGAUUUUAAUUGUGUUUUCGGCCUUUAGUUCCAUAUUUUUAUGGCAUCAACUAAUUCUUUUAUAUUUCUUCAAAAAGUAAUAGUUUAAAAAUUAGUGGUGAUUAAUAAUUUUCAUAUUUAUAAGACUUUCAUGGGAUUACUAUGCAAAGGAUUAAAGUUUUGGCAAUUGAUUUAUCAAAGCGUCAAGCCAGAUUACAUCCAAAAAGGGAGAAAGAAUGAUGGGAAGAUUGACUGACUAUGAAGAAAAAGAACAUAGAAAUGUAGCACAAGGAAACUAUUCAUUGGCAGCCCAUCAAAAUAGAAACACAGCCCAAGCUCCAAUUCAAAACAUUCCACCAUUUUAUAAUGAUGCAUCAUUACCUCUAAUACCACUAGCAAGUCAUCAUCGAUCUCAAAAUUCGCAAUCAAACAGGUUUUUAACCAACAACUUAGAAGAAAGGGCACAAACUUCAUUCCAGUUAUCUCAUCACCCAACUUCUUUUCGAGAGGCAAAAACAAUCAGGAGCUGCGCAACGUCCCCUACUUUUAAACUACCACCAAUUCCAAUAAGUAAGUCAUCAGAUCAUUACUCACAACAAACUCCUACUACAAUGCCACCACACGGUUUACCACAAGAUUCGGUACCUGUUGCACAAGAAAGAAGAACAGAUAAAAAUACGAGUAGAGAGCCCUAUUCAAACAACUUGGAUAUGAAAAUGGCGUAUGAAAAUAUGAUGUUAGGAUAUUUCAUGCCAAUAUCGAAAGAUGGAAAUGAUGGCACAGGAAUCGCUAUAGGAAGACCCUCUGCUAAUGGAGGGAAUUCAAAUCAAUUUGUUAAUCCCGAUACUAAACCUCAUAUUACAUCACAGUCCAAUGAAGUGUCUCAAAAUAAUCCAUAUUUUACUGAUAAUUUUAAUUUACCCCAAGAACUUUAUACGACUUUGCAAUCUAAUCCAAAUGUUCAUACAACCCUCAAAGAAAGAAUUAGAGAAGUCGAUAACUUACACGCUCAAACUAAUCAGCAACUAUCAUCAGACCAACGAACUGUUUCUGUGCCUGCAUCUUCAAGAAAUCAAGAAAUGAAUCGCCAAGAAUGCUUGAAUGAUCCAAUAAAUAAUUUUUUAAAACAAGAACCAUAUAAUUCAUCUGCAAGUAGUGUGUCAUCGAAACCAUUUGAAACAUUGAAUCAGUCGUCCAAUGUUUCAAACAUGUUAAAUGAACUAUCAAUGUUUAUAUCACCGCAACCAGUUGUUGGACAGGGUUUCCCCUCUUCGCCAGUUCAGGCUAUUACGUCAACCGUAAGUACUGUAACACCUGCUUCCAACAAUUAUUCAAAUACUUCGUAUCAGGCCAAAAUGGAUCCGCUUUGGGGACGGUUUUCAGUUUUACCUCCAGUGAUUCCCAGUGUAACUCCAUCUGGAGGUGGAUUUAGUGAUAGUGAUACUGCUUCCCUCAUGAGUUUCACAUCAGUCACAAACGCACAAACUGCCUCUCAAAUGGGUAUUUAUUACAACACGUUCACUCCACUUUCUACAAAUUUCUCUGAGGCUAUUCCAUCUGCAUUUACAAGCCCGCGUUACUCUGCUAGAUCUUCUUAUUCAAGCCGCUCUAGAAACAAAAGAGCAUUGUCGAAUUCCCCUCUAUCCGCAGAGGGAAUUGACAUAAACACCAUUAUUAGAAUGUCACCCACCUCUUUAAACGCUUACCUCAAUGGUUCUAGAAGCUCUUCCUCUUGUGUGUCACCUGGUUCUUACGGGGAUAAAACUGGGUGCUAUGGUCACUUGUCGGCCAGGAACAGUAGCUCUAGUCCCCACUCCGGUUCUUCUGGAAAUAGAAGGAGUGCAUCUUUCACGCCACAAACAAGUACACCUGGUAAUAACAAUUCGUCCAAUAUCCCUAGUGAUAAUAGUAACAUUUCCAACUGUAAUAAUAAUGACACUCUAAAGAACAACGAUUUGAUGAACUUAGAUAAUUUAUUCGUAAUGCAGGCAAUGCAAGACUUUGAUUCUGGAGCUGGUCUCCUAAAUAUUCCAACAGCUUUUAAUCCCAAUGUCAUUUCUAACUCUUCGCUAGCCCCUGAGUUUGAGAAUCUCCAUGUAUUGCCACAAGAUCUCGCUGCUUUUAGUACAGAGGAGUACAUUCCUUAUAUUCCGUCUGUUCUUCCACCUGUCCAUGCUAAUUUACCAACUCAGCUGCAUUGUUUUCAGCCACAAGCAAUUGUACCACCUACAAAGCCUCCUCCGACAUAUGAUCAACAUAUGGCAAGGAAGGCGAUUUUGCAAAAAACUAGCUCUUCGGAUAGUAGUCAACCGUCGAAUUCGAAUUCAUCUAGUUUCGAAAGCUCCGAGGGAGAUAAAACGGUAGCAGGGAGCAGUGGUACAGACACUGAAUCAAACAGAAUGUAUGCUUGUCGAUGGUUGGAUUGCACAGCCGUGUUUCAGGACCAAGACGAAUUUGUAGCGCACAUCGAAAAGAUACACGUUGACCAAAAGAGAGGAGAUGACUUUGUCUGUUUUUGGAAGUUGUGUCCUCGUCGACUACAUCCAUUCAAUGCACGCUAUAAAUUAUUAGUACACAUGAGGAUACAUUCUGGUGAUAAGCCUAAUAAAUGUACGUACGCCGGAUGCAGUAAAGCCUUUUCCCGACUCGAAAAUCUAAAGAUACAUCUUAGAUCUCACACGGGGGAGAGACCGUAUUCAUGUACGUUCCCGGGAUGUAUCAAGACAUUUAGCAAUUCCUCAGAUAGAACCAAACAUCAAAAAACUCACCAUGAAACAAAACCCUAUGUAUGCCAAUUUGCAGGGUGUGGUAAGAGAUAUACAGAUCCAAGUUCCCUGAGAAAGCAUGUGAAAAAAAGUCAUCCAGAUAAAAAGGAACCAGACAGAAAAAAAAUCAGAAGUACAGUUGAAGAACUUGAUCCAAAAGAUUUGGAUGAAUGUUUAGUAAUACAUUCUAUUAAACCAGUGACUGUAUAUGACGCUUCACCACCAGAACGGACAGACAGUGGUUUAGGUAGAUCUCCAAGGAGUUCUCAACCCGGUUCUUCCUCGGACCACUAUCCGGGACUUGUUUAUUCCAAUGAAACCCAUGGAACAAGUUCUCAAACAUCCCCAUCUAGUCAGCAUAGCAGUCCACCAGGUCAAAUUGACAGGGAUAAAUUACCUCCUAAUAACAAUAGUUUAAGAGUACCAAUUCUUCCACCGAUAGCACCAUCUCCUGUUCAGCAACAACUAAGUUUUCCAAGUUUGAAAUCACCGACGAUGAGCAUUUCGCCAAAUUUUGCCAGAGUUACACCGUCAUCAGGAUCUAAUUUGUCCCGAAACUCUUCCAGUUUGUUACAUAGACCGAGAAUUGCGAAUGAAGCUGUGUUUGGUAAUAUUCAAAACAUGAACAGUUGUUCGAACAGCCCGAAUCCUAGGAUUCCAGAAUCAUACGCAUCUUCAAUGAGACAACAGAGCAGAGACUGCUCUUGAUGAACUUCCAGACAAGCCCUACCUAGUAAAACAUUUUGUAGAAAAACCAAUAUGGGAUCAAGAUUUUCAUGAAAAAAGUAGAACAUCUGACUAUUGUACAUAACAAAUAGAGAGCUUUGUACAGUUCACUUUUUUUUUUUAAUUUAACAUUUCGAAAAUAAAAAUAUAUAUUAAAUAAAUAAA